AUGAAGGAGCCAUCGACGGCCCGGGCGGCGGGAGGCCUGCGCGCCUCCCUCUGCAGUGCCCGGGCCCGGGCCCAGCGGGGUCUGACGGGCCCGCCGCAUUCCUCUGUGCCCCUGCAGGUGGCGGACGAGCUGGUGAAGGUGCAGGUGGCGCUGAACAAUAUCGCCGGCAAGAGGGAGAGGAUCAAAAUCCUCUUUAAGAAAAUUGAAGAUGUAAUAAAAUACCUUGACCCUCAGUACAUUGAUAGGAUGGCUGUUCCGGAUGCCAUGAAGCUGCAGUUCAUCUUGGCAGAGGAGCAGGUUAUUCCUUCCCGAGCAGCCCUUCUGGAGCAGGUGAAGAACCUCCAGCCCAUCUUGGACAGUACCAGUAUCCAAGUGGUUCCUGACCAUGCAGCCAAACUGCAGCGACUCUCUCAAAUCCACAUACAGCAGCAGGAACAGCGUCAAGAUCUCACUGACAGUGUCAAGAUGCUCCUCGAAGACUACAAUAAAAUGACCCUGCUGCUCUCCAAGCAGUUUGUCCAGUGGAACGAAAUACUGACGCGGCUGGAAGCAGCCAAGGAAGCGAAACCUGUGGCGGAGUGAUGGCAGAGCCGGGAGCGUGGAGAGUCCCGGGGACCCUGCUGGCCUUGGGUCGCUCAGGAGAGGCUGCAGCACAGCUUUCUCAGCUUCUUCCCUCUGUGUGAGCACGCUGCGAGUGACGUCGCGGGCUCUCGGGGGGGGCACCCCGGCUCCACUGCCUCAGCCCUGAAUUGAAGCCGCACUACUCCUUAAUAUGCCACUGUUUGCAAAUCUUGCACUCCCUGAGAUACGUUUUGGUUUGUAAUGUAUUUAAAAAGUCCAUCCCUUUCUGCUGUCAUUGUGGGACCACAGUAAAGUCCUGAAACGCUAACUGGGUUGUCUCUUCCUCCCCA